AUGGAGCCCCCACUCCCCACACUCGGGCGGCGCCUCCCCGUGGCCAGCCGCCCUGUGAAGAUAGCCGUGACAGUGGCGGACUCGAAGGACCUUUUGCGGAAGGCGCCUCCAGUGGCCCGCAAGUGGGCGCUGCCGCCCCCAGGAGAUGUUUCUCGGCAGUCUUUUUGUGCUGGGGUUCUUUUCCCUCCCGUGUCUGCUGCUGCUGUUCGCACGCAGCAGCAGCAGCAGCAGCAGCGGGGGGCUGCAGCAGCAGGUGCUGCAGCAGCAGCUCACGGGCUCGGCGCGGCUCCCACCAACCCGUGGAAGCUGCCGACCCCGCAGCAGCAGCAGCAGCAGCAGCAGCACCAGGAGCAGCAAGAGGCACUGAAAAAGUCCCUUGCUGCGCCCCCCGGGGCUCCUGCUGCUGCUGCUGCUGCUGCUGCUGCUCGGUCGACAGAAGCGUCUCCAGCAGCAGCAGGACCUGCAGCGCCAGCAGCAGCGGCAGCGCCAGCAGCAGCAGCGCCCGCUGCUGCUGCAGCAACAGCAGCAGCAGCACCCGAGGCAGCAGUUAAACCAGCAGCAGCUGCUGGCCCAUCUGGCGCUGCUUCUCCUUCUGCCCCUGUCUCCUUUGCUGCUCUCAAGUCUCCUGCAGCAGCAGCAGACUCAGCAGCAGCGAUUGCGAGCCCGCGGACAGUGCCAGAAACACCGGCGCUGAUCUCGCCACUGCAGCAGCAGCUGCAGCAGCAGCUGCUGCAGCAGCAGCUGCUGCAGCAGCUGCAGCAGCAGCUACGACUGCGAGGAAGAGCUGCAGCCGAGAGCCAGGGUGGCGCUUGGGGGCUCAGUGCUUGGAGGCUGCGAGGCUGUCUUGCGAAGAACAGCAUAAGCGUCAGCGUGAGGGGGCGCGCUGUGAACACCCUGGCGGGAACAGCAAAGCCAUCAGGGUCUGCGUGGAAGAGCGGAGCAGCAGAACCAGCAGCAGCAGCAGCAGCAGCAGCAGCAGGCGCAGCAGCAGCAGCAGGAGCAGCAGCAGCAGGCGCAGCAGCAGCGGGGGCGCCGCCGGGCGCGGCUGCUGCUGCAGCGGGCGAGCGUGCGGGCUACGGCGCGGCGUCGCUGCAGGCCUACAGCAGCGCUGCUGCUGCUGCUGCUGCUGCUGCUGCUGCUGCUGCGCUCGAAGGCCCCCCUCGUGCUGCUGCUGCUGCUGCUGCUCCCCUUUCAGAAGAAGCUUAUCCAGAUUUAAUGGAAGCAGCAGAAAGAGCUCGAAAUGAUUUGUCAAGAGAGCGGCAGCGGGUGCGGCGGCCAAAGGCGAAGCUGGUGCGCGCAGGUGCAGCAGCAGCAGCAGCAGCAGCAGCAGCAGCAGACCCCGCUGCGGGCUUCUUGGGGGCCCCCCAGGGGGCCCCCAAGAAGGUCGGCCUGCAGCAGCUCCACGAGCUGCAGUCCGCCAUGGCUGCUGCUGCCAAGCCCAGCAGCAGCAGCAGCAGCAGCAGCAACGGGUCCGGCCUCGUCGGCGCUGCGCCCAACGGGACCUUCCCUGCUGCUGCUGCUGCUGCUGCUGCUGCUGCUGCUGCUCGCCCGGAAGCAGACUUUGGGGGCCGCGUCUCCGGACUUCCCAGCGCUGCGUUUCCGCCGCUGGUGGCUGCGCCUUUCAACCCUGCAGCAGCAGCAGCAGCAGCGGAGCAGCAGCAGCAGGCGGGCCGCCGCGGGGGGCAGCAGCAGCAGCAGGAAGUGCUGCAGCAGCAGCAGCGCGAGCUGCUGCGGCAGCAGGCUGAAGAGUGCUUGAGGUCAGAUGCUGAAAGGGAAAAAGAAAUGAGAGAAAGGGCUUUGAAAAAGCUGCAGGAGCUCGACGCGCGGCUUGCUGCUGCUGGUGCUGCUGCUGCUGCUGCAGCGGCUCCGCAGCAGCAGCAGCAGCAGCCGCCCGCCGACGCCGCUGCGAAAGAGCAGCAGCAGCAGAAACCCCUGGAGCAAACGCAGCAGCAGCAGCAGCAGCAGCAGCAGCAGCAGCAGCACGCGAAGCAGCCUGAGGAAGCCUGGAAGCAAAGAAUGUACGGACACCCCAGCGAGGCCUCAAGCCUGCAGCUGCCGCCGCCGCCCCCGGCUCACCCGCAGCAGCAGCAAGAGCAGCAGCAGCAGCAGCAGCAGCAGCAGCAGCAGCAGCACGGAGUCAGUGGACCCGCGAGCUGGCGGAGCCGCAGGAAUGCCUCCAGGGAUAGGCGCCAGCAGCAGCAAGAAGACGGGCAGUUUCAGCAGCAGCAGCAGCAGCAGCAGCAGCAGGGGAGAGCUCAAGAUGAUAUGCUGAGCCGCAGACAGCGGCCCCCGCAAGACGCUCAGCAGCAGCAGCAGCAGCAGCAGCAGCAAGACAGCAGCAGAGGUGCUGCAGCCCGUGAGGAGCUGCGGUGGCGCAGCGGCGCCCGUCAGCCGCCGCUGCUGCAGCAGCAGCAGCAACAGGAACACGGGAAGCCUGCAGCAGCAGCGGGAGCUGCAGCAGGGCUUGCUGCUGCACUAGUUGAAGACAACACUGCAGCAGCAAGUCUCCCAGUGAAGCAGCAGCUGCCGCGGGGGAUGCUGCCUCUGCCGGGGGCCCUCAGGGGCCGCCAGCGGGCCCCCGGCCAGGACUAUUUAGACCUGCAGCAGCAGCAGCAGCAGCAGCAGCAGCAGCAGCAGAGUAGGGCGCAGAGCUGGAGGCGGGCCCAUGCCACUGCGGUGGACGGCGCCAAGGAGCAGCAGCAGCAGCCUCAGCAGCAGCAGCCUCAGCAGCAAGUGCAGCCACAGCAGCAGCAGCCGCAGCAGCAAGUGCAGCAGCAGCCGCAGCAGCAGCAGCCACAGCUGCAGCAGCAGCAGCAGCAGCCACAGCUGCAGCAGCAACAGCAGCAGCCACAGCUGCAGCAGCAGCAGCAGCCACAGCAGCAGCGGCGUGAGCAGCCAGUACAGCCGCAGCAGCGACCGCAUCAGCAGACAGCAGGAGCUGCCGGCGCAGCUGCAGCAGAACUAGGGAGCGAAGAAGCAGCAAAGGCAGCAGCAGCAGCACCGAAAGCAGCAGCAGCAGCAGCGCCAGCAGCAGCAGCAAAGGCAGCAGCACCUGCUGCUGCGGCACCCUCGUAUGUGGCUGUUCCCGCAGCAAAAGGGCCCCAGAAGAAUGGGAAGAUGUGGCAGGUGUGCAGCGCCUCCUUCCCUGCUGCGCCUGCAGCAGCAGCAGCAGCAGCAAACGGCAAAGCAACUGCAGCAGCAGCAGCAGCAGGAGCAGGCGCGGCAGGAGCAGCAGCAGCAGGGGCGCCGGCAGCAGCAGCUGCUGGAUGGAAGACAGCCGCAGGGCAGCAGAAGCAGCGCCCAGCAGCAGCAGCAGCAGCAGCAGCAAAAGUAGGGCCAGCAGCAGAUCUGUCUUUCAAGGCGCUGCUGUUCCCGAGGGGACCGCAGCUGCGGGUUGCUGCAGCAGAGCAGCAGCAGCAGCAGCAGCAGCACGGCGACGCAGCAGCAGGAGACCACGGGCCCCACCAGGCGGAAGGGGGCCACGGCGCGGGGCAUGCGGACUCUGCUGCUGGCGAGCAGCACAGCAGCAGCAGCAGCAGCAGCAGCAGCGCAGCAGCAGGGUCACCUGCUGAGGGGCGCCGCUCCCAGGCCCCCAGGGGCUGGGGAGAAAGGCCUGAAGUUGUUGCUGUUCCUUUUGCUGCUGCAGCAGGAGAGGAUUCUGCUGCGUGGCCAGCGCCAGACGCAGCAGCAGAAGCAGCAGCAGCAGCAGCAGCAACCCACAAGGCGCAUGCGCACAGCAGCAGCAGCGCCAAGCAGCAGGACGACGCAGCGCCCGCAGCAGCAGCUGCAGCGGCGACGGAACCAGCAGCAACACCAGCAGCAGCAGCAGCAGCAGCAGCAGCGCAUGCCAGACACAAGCCCGCAGCAGAUGCUGCAGCAACGCAGAGGGAUGCUCGCCGCAGCCGCAACAGCGGCCGCGCUGCAGUGGCUGGGCCUGGUCAGCAGCAGCAGCAGCAGCAGCAACAGCAGCAGCAGCAGCAGCAGCAGCAGCAUGCGACUAGAGACGGAACAGCAGUUCGCGAGCCUGGUGCUCCUCACAGGGCAGCGCAGCAGCAAAAGACUGCAACAGGAACAGCAACCGCCGCAGCAGCAGCAGCAGCAGGACCAGCAGCAGCAGCAGCAGCAGCAGCAGCAGGGGACCACCACGCAGCUGCCUUGCGAGACAGAGGCGAAAGAAGCCACCGGAAUGAACGGAGAUCAGCAAGAGGCGGCCGCUUGGGGAGCCAGGCGCAGCAGCAGCAGCAGCAGCAGCAGCAGCAGCAGCAACAGGGUGCAGCGGUUGAUGUUUCCCCUGAAGGCCUUCAGGGGGCUUCUCGCAGCUCCACUGCGCGCGGCGCUGCUGCUGCUGCGAAGGAGAAGCAGCAAGGGCUUGCUGCUGCAGGCAGCCGCGCUGCUUCCGCAGCAGCAGCAGCAGCAACAACAGCAACAGCAACAGCAGCAGCAGCAGCAGAAGAGGCAAAGGCGAGGCCGCGGCUGCCCGCGGGGGAGACUAGAAGGGCGUGGGGAACUGUUGCUGCUGGCGCCACUCUGAGAGACAGGCGAGCAGCAGCAGAUAGAGAGGGGGGAGCAGCAGCAGCAGCAGCAGCAGCAGCAGCACCGCUGCCUGCGGCUUCCCACCAGCUGCAGCAGCAGCAGCACGGAGGCAGCACAAAGCGCCACGGCAGCCAAGCUGUGUGGCUGCCCAAGGCGACCAAGUCGCCCCCGAAAGAGCAGCAGCAGCAGCAGCAGCAAGCAGCAGCAGCUGCUGCGGAUUCAGCAGCAGCAGCAGCAGCAGCACCAGAUAUGAACCAAGAGACCCAUGUGUGGGCCAAGAAGGGCCGCGGCGGCGGCCGCAGGGGAGAAGCAGCAGCAGCAGCAGCAGCUCGGGGUGUCCUUGGCGGAGCAGCAGCAAAGACUGAUGGCGCUGCUGCAGCAGAAGCAGCAGCAGCAGCAGCAGCAGCAGCAGCAGAAGAGGACGAUGACGGAUUCCAAGUUGUAAGAAACAAACGGAAGGAGCAGCAAGAAAAAAGAAAAGAGAGACUGGAGCAGCAGAAGCACGAGCGCAGAGAGGCGCGGCGCCGUGAGCAGCAGCAGCGGCAGCAGCAGCAGCAACAGCAGCAGCAGCAGCAGCAGCAGCAGCCACGGCCAGUCUCCCCGGAGACGCCUUCGUCGCCGUCCUCCGCGGCCGCCCAACAGGCGCAGGUGCGGCAGCAGCAGCAAGAACAGCAAGAGCAGCUCCAGCAGCAGCAGCAGCAGCAGCAGCAGCAGCUGCAGCCGGAAACGCAGCAUGAGGAGCCGCAGCCAGAACAGCAGCAGCAGCAGCUGCAGCUGCAGCAGCAACCGGCUGUGACUUUGACUGUGCCAUCCGGUGCUACUGCGAGCAGCAGCCCAACUGCCGCAGCAGCGUUUGUGGGACAGCAGCAGCAGGAGCUGCGGCAGCAGCAGCAGCAGCAGCAGCAGCAGCAGCAGCCGGAGGUUGCGGCUUCCUCCAGCGAGAGUGCGGCAGUUGAAGCUGCAGCAACAUUGGAGGCUGAGUCCACGAUUGAGGAGUGGCAGCAGCAGCGGCAGCAGCAGCAGCAGCAGCACCCGAUGUUGGCGCUGCCGCAGCAGCAGCAGCAGCAGCAGCAGCACGCGGGCAUGAGCCGCGCCAGCAGCCCCGGGACGCUGCGGGCGACAGCAGAUCCUUGGUACCCCACGCCGAGCGGGGCAGCAGCAGCAGCAGCAGCAGCAGCAGCAGCAGCAGCAGCAGCCGCACUCGCAGAAGACUGCAGCAGCAGGCACACAAUAGCAGCAAUCUGGGCCAGAGACCCUGGGGUUUCUGCUGCGGGUCCGCAGGAGCUGCUGCCGCUGCAGCAGCAGCUGCAGCAGCAGCUGCAGCAGCAAGCGCAGCCGCGAACAAUGCACUUCACCCCGCAGCAAAUCCACCCCGCGCUGCAGCAGCAGCCGCUGCUGCAGUCCGACAUGCUGCAUGCGCAGCAGCUGCUGCAGCAGCAGCACCUCGCGGGGGCUGUUGCGGAGGGGGGGGACCCUGCUUCGGUCUACGUGCAGCAGCAGCAGCACUUCCGCACUGCAGCAGCAGCAGCAGCAGCAGCAGCAAAUAGGCCGAAAGACAUGUUUGGCACUGCAGCAGCGCUGGUGCAGGGGGGGCUGCCGCCCUCGCAGCAGCCGCAUACCGAACGGUACGGUGCUGCAGCAGCAGCAGCAGCAGCAGCAGCUGCUGCUGCUCACUUCCCGGGGGUUUCGGCAGGGAGCGCUUUCCACGUGCAGCAGCAGCUGCUGCAGCCCUCCUUCCACACGACGCAGCAAGCAGCAGCAGCAGCAACGAACUCCUACGCGCAGCAGCUGCAGCAGCAGCACGAGCGAGACCUGUGGGGCGACCCUGCUGCUGCUGCUGCUGCUGCUGGCCGAACUGCUGUGGCUUCUCCUGCUGCAGCACAAGCCGCGCUCGACGUGGGCGCUUUGGACCAGCAGCAGCCUCCUUCAUUUGUGCCUUACAUGCAGCAACAGCAGCAGCAGCAGCAGCAGCAGCAGCAGCAGCAGCAGCAGCAGCAGCAGAGGCGCAACGGGCCCUACGGGGUGCUGGGCCCUGCUGAGGGGGCCCCCCCCCACGGCGCUGUGCCGAAGUUUUAUAUGUGA